UGCAGCCCCUCCCCACCCCUCCUACUGACCUGUGGACCAGGAGGCCGGAGCCUGCAAUGGAAGGGGGCUUCCAGGCGGACAGCUCUGCACUGUCCCUGUUUGUCUCCGGCUCCUCUGAGAGGGAGACACCCUUUCAUCCAGGUAACGAACAAGUGACAUCAGGUGGCCUCUGCUGGGCAGCUGCCACAGAAGCUGGGGACAGAUCAAAGCAGAGGAGGCCCAACAUCUGCUGCAACCAAAGCAAGGAAGAGAGGCAAUGGGUUGUUUCAGGAUGGAAACGUUCUUACUGCAGAAGUGAAGGCAAUGAUUCCCGCUGAAUCAGAGAUCUCCGUUGUGUUCUUAUGCACUGGCCUUUGGAACUCAAGUAAAGGCCCUUUGAUUUCAGGUGAAAUUCCUCUUGGUAGAUUGGCCCUAGGCUGGUCUUUGGAGAGGCUGUUCACCUUGAUAGCCCUCUACUUGCUGUCUGCGUGGUGA